CGCUAGCAGUGGUAGACAUGAUCACUGACCCUAGUGAGUGGAAUGUCGAGUAUGGUAUUUCCUUACACAGACAAGCCUCUUACACGGGUACCAAUGGCAAGAAGGGAGGAUAGAUCGCAUCUCCACACUUUUCUUCCCCAACCUCGGCGGCAGAGCACUUAGCCGAUCUUCCUUGCCGGCAGUUUAGAUGGCAGCUCCUGAGGGAAAUGCCCACAUCCAAUGGGCCCGCUCUCGGAAUAUUGACCGGCAGCCGUCUUUGUUCAUAUAAAUGUUCCUCUACUCCCCGUUUUUCCGCGACUUUGAGUGAGUGUUGAAACCAACUCCAGUCCGUCAGUAUGGCUUCUCCAGUGCCACGGGGCCUCCGCCAUGUCCUCCAAAAGUCGCCUUCCGAUAUUGUGAUCCUCUCCUCACUCCGCACCCCGGUUACAAGAGCGAAGAAAGGCGGUUUUAAGGAUGCGUACCCGGAAGAACUCCUUGCACAUGUCCUCAAGGCGACCCUCGAAGCAAACCCCAAACUAGACCCGGCCCGAAUUGACGAUGUCGCGAUUGGUUCCGUUCUGCAAGAGCUCGGCGGUGCGAAGGCUGGCCGUAUGGCUCAGAUCCACGCAGGCUUCCCCCACUCGGUCCCAUUCCAUACAAUCAACAGACAAUGCUCGUCGGGUCUAGCUGCUAUCACAACGAUCGCCAAUGGAAUCCGCGCAGGCGCCAUUAACGUUGGCAUCGGUGGAGGAAUGGAGUCUAUGACCCGGAAUUACGGAUCGCGUGCUAUUCCUACUGUACUUUGGCCCGAGCUCAAGGAAUCGCCGUCACAGGAUUCUAGGGAUUGCAUUAUGCCUAUGGGGAUCACCUCCGAAAACGUUGCGUCUCGUUACGGCAUCUCGCGAGCGGACCAGGAUGUCUUCGCCGCCGAGUCGCACAAGAAGGCUAGUGCUGCGCAGAACGCUGGUCUGUUCGAUUCCGAAAUCAUCCCCGUCACAACACUCUCUUUUGACCCUGAAAAUCCUGAUGCGCCCCCGAAGGAAAUCACCGUCACCAAGGAUGAUGGUGUCCGCUCCAACAUCUCUGUUGAGAAGAUGGCCAGUUUGAAGCCAGCUUUCUCUGCCACCGGUGCUAGUACCGCCGGAAACAGCUCACAGGUCAGCGAUGGUGCCGCCGCCGCCCUACUCAUGCGUCGUUCCACCGCGACGGAGCUUGGGCUAGCAUCUUCCAUCAAGGGCCGCUGGGUCGCCACCGCCGUUGCUGGUUGUGCUCCUGAUGAGAUGGGCGUUGGUCCUGCUGUUGCUAUCCCUAAACUCCUUCAACAGCUUGACAUGAGCGUAUCUGAUGUUAAUAUUUGGGAGAUUAACGAGGCAUUCGCUUCCCAGGCGUUGUACUCUGUUCGUAAAUUGGGUAUUGACGAAUCGAAGGUCAACCCUAAGGGUGGUGCAAUUGCCAUCGGUCAUCCGCUGGGUGCUACUGGCGCCAGACAGCUCGCAACUUUGCUGCCUGAGAUGGAGCGUACCGGCCAGGAAGUCGGUGUUGUGAGUAUGUGCAUUGGCACGGGCAUGGGAAUGGCUGGUAUGUUUGUUCGGGAGUAGACUUGUAAAGAUUAAUGGCCGAGUUUGAUAUGAUAUGAGCGGGCGUCUAUCUACGCAUGUAUAUACAGAGCAAAAUAUUUUGUAUCCAUUUUUCC